AUGAACGAGGGUGAACAGGGCGGCCGGGGACCCGAAGGGGGUCUCACACCCCCCUUUAUAUUCCGCUUCACGUGGGUGCGGGGCAGGAGGGAGGGGGAGCCCGGGAGGGGAGGGCGGGGGGAGAAAAGCGAGAAAUGCCCACCUUCUUUGGCCAACUCCGAAGCCACCUCAGCCCCCUCCUCCCGCCGCGGCGGCGGCCGCUGCAAAGCCCUCCCGGUCACUCUGCACGAAGGCAGAGCGGAGCGAGAGUCGCCUUGCCCUCGCCACCCCCGGCGCCGCUGCCGCCGGCGAGCCCCGAGCUCAGUGUCGCUCAAACCUCCCCUGCCAGCCCGGCCGGCCCCGCUCGGCCCACCCCCCGCGCCCCGCGGAUCCUUUCAAACCCCCUGGGCUCGCGGCGGCUGCUCCGGGAGGAAACGCUGGCCGCGGCUGGGGCCGGGGCGGCGCGGCUGUGAGCGGGGCGGCGGCGGGGCGCCCAGUACGGUGAGCCCAGCAACGAGGCGCUGGCGGGCGCACAGAGACGCCGGGUCCUCGCGGAGCACGGCCGGGGCGCGGCGGCGGCAGUGGCAGCGGGAGCCCAGGGACCGCUCCAUCACUGGCAGCCAUGGAGCCCGAGCAUUUUCCUCCCUCAGGGCAGGCGCCUCAGCUCGGCACUCGUCCUCGGGGAGGAAGGGGCCGGCGCCCGAGCCUCCCCGGAGGGCGGCGGGACGUGCGCGGGAGCGGACGGUGCGAGCCUCUCUCGUCCUCUUCUCCGCGGCCGGCUCGUCACCCCGCUGCUCCCGCGGCCGAGCGGGAGGGGGCCGCGGGUGGCGGCGGCGGCUCCUUUCUCGGCGGCGUUGGUGGCCAGACGGGCUGGUGCAGCGACUGCAGCCGACGCCGUUCAAAGGAACGAGAGAUGGAUGAUGCCACACACAUACGACUUGCAAGCAUCAUUUCUAUAUGAAGAGGAUCAGACUUUCCCACUUGAACCAAGAUGGCAGAUGUUUGGAAAGAGAAAAUCCCAACAAAAGAAAAAUUAUAUUCAUGGUAUAACUAACUUAACAAUAUUACUAGUAACACCAGGAAAAUAUACAAAUCUUAGAAAAAAGCAGUGACAGCACACUAAAGGACUAGUUGAGUCUGCUUAUCAUGACAGCAUACAACUGUACAAAGAAUAAAAUUAUAUCCCUAUUUCAUAUAUUUAGUAUUCACCAAUUUUAUUCCAUGGCAGGCCAUUAUCUAUAUAGUAACAGAAUAGCCCACAAGGAGAAAAUGGUUUUAUAUUUCAAAAAUAAAUAACUAUAAUAAGUUAUUGAUAAACCUAAACAUAUUCUCAACAAGGAACAUAGGUACGAUCUUAAAAACCUAAAUAUCAUACCUGUAAUCCCAAAAACUGGGGAGACUAAGGCAGAAGGAUUGCCACAGCAACUCAUUGAGAACUUGUCUCAAAAUAAAUCACAAAAAUGGGUGGGAUGUAGUUCAGUGGUUAAGUACCCCAGUUUCAAUCUUAAGUACCAAAAUAAAUAAAUAAAUAAAACUUAAACUUGCUUGUUCUUUUACGUUGACUUUGACUAUGGAAGUCCCAUGAACAAAUUGAACUGCAUUUUGAUCAGCAUUUUCAUUAUAACCACCACUUUAUUAUCUGCAUGCGAAUUUUUCCCAUGGGUGGUUUGCAUUCCCUGGCCACCUUGAACCUCUCACUCAACACCAAUCAGUUCUCCCAUCCCCACCCUGUGUACACAAGGGAUGUGAAAUCAUUCAAAAUUCAGUCUAGACCAAAAGAACAGAGUUUAAGCAGGCAAACCCACUGAGUGGGAAGAAUCCAUUAAAUUUAAUUCAAAGUCUAUUAUAGUUUAUCCACUACUUUGGAAGAAAUCCAUCAAUGCUUUCUUCUAACAGCAAAGUUAACGAAGAAUUGAUUGCCGUUGUUUUAAUGAGCCUGCUCUGCCCACAAACUUCUACUAAGGACUCACCUAAAGGUAGCACUUUUUAAAUAUGAAGCAGAAAGCACAGUUUGUUCCUAUUUACCUAAUAACAGAUCAUUAUGCAAUGAUUAUAACCAUAUAUUUCAUUACUGUAUUGUACUUAUGCAAUCCCAGACAUCUGGAAUAUCCAGUCAUUGUAGAAAAAACACAAAAGGCAAGGCAAUAAAGUCAGUUGUAGAACAUUAUUUUAUUCAGGAUACUGAGGGAAUGUUCGAAAAUCUUUAAAGGCUACACCAAGGAUAACAUCAAAAAUUAACACAGGAAUCUCAGGUGCCUGAGGUUAGUUGGAGAACAGCUGGGAGAGGUCUCUCGAAGAACAAAUGGCCUACCACUGGCCUAACCUUUUUGAAUUUUAAAGAUCCACCUUUGUCUUUGACUUGACUCUGUAAUUUUUAUUUAUUUGAAUUUUUGGAGCCAGGCACACCUUCUUCCAACAAAAAGAAAGACAAGGCAUAUAGAAUCUGGACUCCUGAACAUCAUCUUGCAUCACCAUCAUCUUUUACUGAGGCCUACGGAGAUUUCCUAAUGACCAUGACCCUGAUAUACUAUUGAGUAGUCUGAAAGACAGAGAGUCAGAACUAAAUGAUUUUGUUAGUGCUUAAUUUAGAAACUGUGCAUUUAAAUUCAUAAGUGAAUCAGUCCAUAAUUUUCUUUCAUAAAUUGCCUUCUCUGGAUUAGUUCCAAAAGUCAACUUUUGGUUUUGAUGGUUAUCUGUAUUUUUAUUAUUAUUUUUCUAUUUCCUUAAUUUCCACUAUUAAUUCUAUAAUUUC